AGAGAGAGAGAGAGAGAGAGAGAGAGAGCGCAACGUGUAGAGAAGUGAACCUAAACAGAACAAAACCUACAGUCCCCAUUCCCACUCUGAUUCGUACACUCUCUCUUCACUCCAGUUUUACCGGCGUAUAUUCCGGCCAAACUCCGGCCAAUCCGAACUAUACAUGAAUAAUGAUGAUCGGAAGAGAAUGAGGAGGUGAACGGUUGGCGCGCGGUCAAAUUCGACAUGUCAUUUUCGUGCUCAUCGGAUUGCUUCUCCGACCUUCUCUCCGGCGAGGCCUCCAAUAAUAUUAUCCUCUCCGCCGGAGGAGACUACUCGCCUGAAUAUUCAUCGGACCUCGAAUCCCGGCCGCCGGACGUGGAGGAAGCCAUUGCCGGACUUUUAGAAGACGAGAGAGAUCUGUUCCGAAUCAGUAGUUCUCGCUCCGAUCAUCAUCAACGCCGGCCGAUCGACGCGUCUGUAAGAACGGAAUCUGUUGCAUGGAUUCUCAAGGUGCAACGAUAUUACGGUUUUCAGCCACUAACAGCGUAUCUCUCCGUCAACUACUUUGAUCGUUUCCUUCACUCACAUCACUUGCCUACAAUAAAUGGAUGGCCACUGCAACUAUUAUCCGUAGCAUGCUUGUCUUUGGCUGCUAAAAUGGAGGAGCCCCUUGUUCCUCUUCUUUUCAAUCUUCAAGUUGAAGAUGCAAAAUUUAUUUUUGAAGCAAGAACUAUCCAAAGAAUGGAACUUCUUGUUCUAAGAGUCUUGGACUGGAAACUACGUUCGAUUACUCCAUUUUGUUAUCUCAGAUUCUUCGCGCACAAAAUUGAUCCAACCGGAAAUUAUACGGAUUUCAUUUCAUCAAGGGCAACUGAAAUUAUUCUCUCAACCAAUCAAGAGAGAAGCUUCCUUGAGUGUAGGCCAUCUUGCUUAGCUGCUGCUGUAAUAAUUUGUGCAGCAAAUUAUCUGCCAAAGUUUUCUUCCAUUACUGCUGGUCAACAUACUGAGUCAUGGUGUGAUGGACUAAUAAACAAAGAUGAAAUUAUGAGUUGCCACGAAUUGAUUCAACGAAUCACGUUCAAUAAUAUCUGGGCGAAAAGUUUCGCCACAGCUCCGAAUCAUGUAUUGUGAAGAUUAUCAGAAAUUUAUAUUGCAUGAGUAAAAAAUGCAGAUAAUUAAUAGCAUUAUAUAUAUACGUCUGCAUGUUUGUCAAUAAUUUUGUAUGAUUCUUAUUUUAUUUAUUUAUUUAUUUGUAAUUUGUUUUUUUAAUAAAAUCAAGCAUCAAUAAAUUUAUCCGACCCCAUAUUCCCGGGGGUCUGCACAAAUGCAUGUGAAUUGUACAAUUGAAGAAUUUGUAGCCUUGCCAUUUGUUUUUAUUUAAAUAAUAUUGAAUAUUCAAAAAAAAACUUCUAAUUAUUUAUUAAAUAAUUACAAUAUUGGCCCCUCAGGCAAUAAAAGACUCGUUUAAUUAAUUAAUUAAUUAAUUAAUUAAUCAGUAAGCUGACCCCAUUAACUGUCUCGUCUUCACUAGAUUUCAGACACACAAAACUAACGUUUCCAAGUUUGCAUCAUUAAUUAUUAAGGCCAUGUUUGGUCGGUCCAUGUACUGAACUUCUGAAUAGUUGGACCGGUACACAGAGAUAACUGGCCUCUUGCUGCAGAUGCCAAACAUUGACUACACAGUUGCAUUAUGAAUUAUGUAUGCCCCAUUCAAUUAUUUUACCUAAGUACACAUUCACAUACGUACGUAACGACUUAUAGUACACUUUAGGUUUAGUACCACCAAUUUGUGCACAUUUUUUUUGCUGUUUUAUCACUGUAUGAAA